CGCCGCGGAUGGGAAAAGCUUGCCGGCUCCGACCUAGGCGAGCUUGGGCGAGUUGGGCGCGAGAUCGGGGAGAAGCGUCCAAAAUGGCAGCGUUUUUGUUCGUGUUUCGCCGCCGGCGUAGGUACUUAGACCACGCCAAUGCGUUUGACAUGGAUGACGUUGAUUUUCAACGACACUAUCGCCUCUCGAAAGACGUUGUAAGGUGGCUGUGCGACGAACUGCGUGACGAUCCUGGCUUGAGACGGUGGAGCCGUGCACGGACCGUCGUCACCGUUGAACAGCAAGUCCUCGUGGCGUUGCGGUUUUUCGCGACGGGAAGCUACCAGGGGUUGGUGGGGAGCGACCGAAAUCUCUCCGUCCACCAGACUACGGUGAGCUCAGCCGUCCGUGCCGUGGCCGUAGCCAUCGUUCGCCGCCUGGGCCCCGCGUGGGUCGCUUUCGCCGAGACCGUGGAAGAACGUGCGGCCACACAGGAAGCCUUCCUGCGACGAGGCACCCUCCCGGGCGUCGUUGGGUGCGUCGACGGGACGUUUGUGGCCAUCAAGGGUCCGUCACGGUUCGACCGAACCGUCACCAAGGCGUUGUAUUGGUGUCGCAAGCUCCACUACGCGCUAAACGUCAUGGUGGUGUGCGACGCCAACAUGCGAAUCCUGGCAGUCGACCCUUCGAUGCCUGGCUGCUCACAUGACGCCCUUGUGUGGAGGCAGUCUUGGGUGCGGCAGCAGUGCAUCGCUGGCAGGCUCAUCAGGCACGGGGAGUACCUACUCGGAGACAGUGGGUACCCGUUGGAGCCAUGGCUCAUGACUCCCGUGCCUGGCCGGCCAGCUGUCUCCACACCUGCCGGGCGUUACAACGCUGCCCACGCCUCAAUGAGGUCGGUGGUGGAGCGCUGCAUUGGGCUGCUGAAGAGUCGUUUUCGAUGCGUGCAAAAACACCGGGUUCUUUACCACCAUCCAAGGAUCGCCGGCACGAUCGUGGCAGCCUGUGCAGUGCUCCACAACAUCUGCCUCAGCGCAGGGGAAUCGGAUCCGGGAUCAUCGUCGUCGGAAUCCGAGUCAAGCAGCGGCUCUGACGAUGACAGCGAGGCAGACGAGAGCAGUGACGCAGCACGAGAGCGCAGAAUCCUGCAGUCGAGGCGCCUCUACAUUGAGGGUAAGGCCAUGCGGGACCAGCUUGUGCUUGGAGCUACCACAAGUCAUGUGCGUCGUGUACGUCGCCGGCUUCACCGGAUCCGCCAUCGUGGCCGCCACCAGUGAUGGUCUCAUACUUUCUAAGUGUAAUGCGUGCUCAGUGCUGUGGAUGUUCUGCCGGAGCCUUCUAGGACUCCGUGUGUGUGCUUGUACAGUGAGGUCCAUGUUGUGCCGGAGCCUCCUCGGACUCCGUGUGUGUGUCUGUAUAGUAAGGUCUGUGUUGUGCCGGAGCCUUCUAGGACUCCGUGUGUGUGCUUGUACAGUGAGGUCCAUGUUGUGCCGGAGCCUCCUCGGACUCCGUGUGUGUGUCUGUAUAGUAAGGUCUGUGUUGUGCCGGAGCCUUUUAGGACUCCGUGUGUGUGCUUGUACAGUGAGGUCCAUGUUGUGCCGGAGCCUCCUCGGACUCCGUGUGUGUGUCUGUAUAGUGAGGUCUGUGUUGUGCCGGAGCCUUCUAGGACUCCGUGUGUGUGCCUGUACAGUGAGGUGUGUUUACUGCCGGAGCUUGCUCGGACUCCGUGUGUGUGCCUGUACAGUGAAGUCUGUGUUGUGCCAGAGCCUUCUCGGACUCCGUGUGUGUGCCUGUAUUGUGAGGUCUGCAUUGUGCCGGAUCCUACUUGGACUUCGUGUGUGUGUGUGUGUUUGCCUGUGGGUGAGGUGUGUUUACUGCCGGAGCUUGCUUGGACUUCGUGUUUGUGUACAGUGUUUCCACUGUCCUUUUCGCAAGAUUCGCAGGUAUGUGGAUCCUAUGCAGUGUUUUGAGCUUUUUGUUUGGUGUUCUUUUGACAAGUUUCACGUGUACGGGUGUCACGUGAGAAGAAGUAGUGAGCGACGUCAUGUUUGAUGUUCUUUUUUGCAAGUUUCACACGUACGGGUGCCUCAGGAGAACAAGUAGUGACUCUGACGUCAUGUUUGAUGUACAUUUUUGCAAGUUUCACAUGUAUGGGUGUUCCGUGAGGGCAAGUAGUGACCCUGAUGUCGUGUUUGAUGUUCUUUUUUGCAAGUUUCACACGUACGGGUGCCUCAGGAGAACAAGUAGUGACUCUGACGUCAUGUUUGAUGUACAUUUUUGUAAGUUUCACAUGUAUGGGUGUUCCGUGAGGGCAAGUUGUGACCCUGAUGUCGUGUUUGAUGUUCUUUUUUGCAAGUUUCACACGUACGGGUGCCUCAGGAGAACAAGUAGUGACUCUGACGUCAUGUUUGAUGUACAUUUUUGCAAGUUUCACAUGUAUGGGUGUUCCGUGAGGGCAAGUUGUGACCCUGAUGUCGUGUUUGAUGUUCUUUUUUUUAAGUUUCACACGUACGGGUGCCUCAGGAGAACAAGUAGUGACUCUGACGUCAUGUCUGAUGUACAUUUUUGCAAGUUUCACAUGUAUGGGUGUUCCGUGAGGGCAAGUAGUGACCCUGAUGUCGUGUUUGAUGUUCUUUUUUGCAAGUUUCACACGUACGGGCGGCUCAGCAGGAUGUGUUUUUGCAUUAGACUUUUGUUGCGGCAUUUCUGCAAGUGUACGGAUGAAGGUACCUUAUGCAGUGAUGCCCGGCUAGCAAAGUGUUUGCUAGAGGGGAAAGGAGCUGGUAUCAACACCUUUACCCACGCAUCUGUUGAACCAUUGAUGGAGCACAUUGCCGGGCAGUUUAUAACUCUUCUCUCAACAGUUGCUUCCGAGGAGGCUCAUGGGCUCUUGUUAAACUCAACUGACAAAUGUAGUUUGUUAUACGCCCUGUUUUCGUCAGCCAACAUGCAUUGUUCAAGAUUUCGCUUGGUGUACAGAUUCCUCGGUGCUUGCAGAGGUUACGAGGUAUCUAAAACUUCAGAAAAAGCGCUUGUGAAAAAACUUUUUCACAACAUGCAUAUAGUUGUCGGUCCCUGCCUGUGAAUGAAUAGGUCACACUGACGCAUAGCUUAAGGCAAACAGAACUCGCUCUCAGUUCUAAUCUUUAUGGGGAAGAAUGUUUGAUGGCUGCAAGAACAGGGGCCUUGCAGUCCAGAGCUUGCACAGCUGGUUUCACGAGCUCUUCAAGACAGAGGCUUUGGGUAUCUCCUAGUCGCAAUGCUUUUCAAGGACGGGGUGGGGGGGAUAUUAGCUCAGCCUCGCAACUUUUGUCGUUACGAGGGAAAAGGUUACAUGAUUUGUUGUUAUUGAUGGAAAUGAGGGUUAAUUUGUUUACAUGUUCCAUGUCCCUCGUAGGUUGGGACGCCAGCUUUUGUUACAAAAGGUCAUACGGCCACCUACAUAAUCAAGAGCGGCAGUAGUUCAUUUCACAGAAUGUUCCAGAUUUCUCCACGUAAAUGUUUGUGAAACAUGCUAGAAAAGAAAUAAAAUGACCACAUCUUGUAAAACAUC